CUGGUGCCGCGGUUGGGGGCUGAGCCCUCGGCAGCCCCAUGUGCCGGAGCCGCCAUGGAGGUGCCCCGGGUGCUGCUGGCUGCCGCUCUGCUCCCGCUGCUGCCCCGUGAGUACCCUCCAAGUAGCCCUAGGACAGCCCCGGGGGCGGACGGGCCUGAUGCCAACCAGCCUGUGUGUGAAGAAUGAGCACCGCCGGGCUGGCAGCCGUGCUGGGUGGGAUGUGUGAGGGAUGCAGUACCCCUAAAACCCUGUCUCUCCCAGUGGGCAGGGCAGCCAUUCCGCUGCCCACCCUGGCCCCACCACUGAACAUGGUGGUGGCCGGGCAGCGUCGGCGGCUGGUGGUCUGUGUGGUGAGCGACCUGGCCCCCAGCUCCGGCCAUGCUGUCUGGAUCUCCAGCGGGAAUGGCAGCAUCCUGCCGUCCUUUGCCUACGGGGCCUCUCAGGAGGAUGGUGGCACCGUCUGCUCUGUCUCCCUCCUUUCCAACGACCUCCUGGCUGAGAGAGAACUCGCCUGCCAUGUCGGGGCCAACAGGACCUCCCCGUCCCACAGCUCCAGCCCCAUCCGCAUCACGGGCAACGAGGAGGUGGCAGAGCUGUGUCCUGGUAGCACAGCUGGUGAGUCUCUGGCCCUACGGUGGUGGGAGUGUCAGUUACCAGGGAGAAAACCCUGCUGGGCUCCUGGCAGGGGCUUGACUGCAGCUGUGUGGUGGUUGGGAUGGGUUUUCCCAGUGUGAAGGCACUUGGUGGGAAGAAUGGGGAUGGUGGGUCAGAGCCAGCCUGCCUCAGGGACAGCACGAAGGUGACAUGAGGUGACUUUGGCACAUGUAAGGCUCCCAAAUCCCUCUGAACCUGGCCCUGUGGCAGGCCUGGAGAGGAUAUGGGGGCAGGCAGUGGGGUUUCUGUGGCAGGCGUCACCCCCGCCUUUCCAUUGCAGUGUUCUCGGACCAUGCCUUGGCAGCUCUGCUCAUGGCUGUUCGGGUGGUGCUGCUGAAGGUCAUGCUCUCAGAUGCCCUCCUCACCUCUAUCCUCC